GAACCUUGUGAUAGCCGAUUUUUAAAAUUGGGUUGAAAAAACGCAAAAGUACGCAUACUAGGACAUAAUUAAAUUUGGGCAAGGCAAUAAUGGCAGCUCACAAGACAGGUGGGCAAAAUGCUCGCAAGAAAGUACAGGUUUCUAUGGUUAUAAGGGAUGAAGUAGAGAGAAGACACAGAGCUGGUGUAAAUUCCUUGCAGUACGAUCCUGUUCUGCACAGGCUAUAUUCAGCCGGCAGAGACAGCAUUAUAAGAAUAUGGAAUUGCAAAAAUAUGAAGGAACCUUAUAUUCAAUCCAUGGAACAUCAUACCGACUGGGUAAACGAUAUUGUCCUGUGCUGCGGAGGAAAAAAUGUCAUAUCGGCAAGUUCCGAUACAACAGUCAAAGUGUGGAAUGCCCAUAAGGGAUUCUGUAUGUCGACUUUGAGAACGCAUCAGGACUAUGUCAAGGCUUUGGCUUAUGGGAAAGACAGAGAACAAGUUGCCAGUGCUGGUUUGGAUAGAGCUAUUUUCCUUUGGGACAUCAAUACUCUCACAGCACUGACAGCCAGUAAUAAUACAGUUACAACAUCCUCACUUACGGGGAACAAAGAUUCAAUAUACAGUUUGGCGAUGAAUCCUCCGGGGACGAUAAUCGUAAGCGGUAGCACGGAAAAAGUAUUGCGAGUGUGGGAUCCAAGAACAUGUGGCAAAUUGAUGAAACUUCGAGGACACGCCGACAAUAUAAAAGCACUUGUUCUUAACAGAGACGGUAGUCAGUGCUUGUCGGCGAGUUCGGACGGCACAAUAAAACUCUGGUCACUGUCGCAGCAAUUAUGUAUACAGACAUUCCGGAUACACACAGAAGGUGUUUGGGCUUUGCUGGCGACAGAUACUUUCAGUCAUGUGAUAUCGGGUGGUAGGGAUAAGAGAGUAAUAAUGACGGAGUUAAGAAAUCCUGAUCGUUACACAGUCAUUUGUGAAGAAUCUGCGCCGAUAUUGAAAAUGACGAUGACUCCGGAUCAAUCGAGUAUUUGGGUCGCGACUAGCGAAUCGACCAUCAAUAACUGGAGUAUAACGCAAAAAGAUUGGCAAUGCGGUGGAGACUAUUGUGUCGAUAGCACAGGUGGGGGAGACGGUGGUCUCGCGCCCCGUAGCAUCGAACCAACACAAAGAAUACAGGGAGGACCAGCGAUAAGACUGUAUCAUAUAUUAAACGAUAGGCGGCACGUUUUGACGAAAGACACCGAAGAGAACGUAGCUCUUUAUGACGUUCUAAAAGCUUGCAAAGUUGAGGACCUUGGACGCGUUGAUUUCGAUCAAGAGAUUAAAAAACGUAGCAAGAUGGUGUUCGUGCCGAAUUGGUUCAACGUGGAUUUGAAAACUGGGAUGUUGACAAUUCAUCUGGGUCAAGAUGAGAAUGAUUGUUUCUCAGCUUGGGUAUCAGCAAAAGACACAGGAUUAGCAGAAAACGACUCUGCCGAUCAAAAAGUGAAUUAUGGAAACCUCUUGCUGCAAGCGUUGUUGGAACAUUGGUCGAGACCUUUGCCAGCUGAUGAUGAAAAUGAUGGAAACGGGGACGACGGUAGUGGACAAUCGAGAGGAGGAAAUCCUUAUUUUUCAGUACCAGGUCAUACACCAGUUAUUUUCAGCGAAGUCGGCGGAAGAACCUUGUACAGAUUGCUCGUUCGUGACGCUGCGGGUGAAACUGAGGGCGUAUUAUUGAAGGAAACUGUACCUUCGUGGGUUGUUGAUAUCGUUGUACACAAGAAUUUGCCUAAAUUCAUCAGAAUGCCGUUCUACCUAUUACCCCAUGCCAGCUCUGGGUUUAAAAGUUUGAAAAAGGAUCGUCUGAUCGCGAAUGAUUUCAUACAAAUGCGAAAAGUCGCUGAGCACGUAUAUGAUAAGGUUUUGGGCGCUGGAAGCGAUUCAGGAUCCGUAGCCGGUGGAGGUGGCAAUACGGUAUCAGGUGGUUCGCCAGCUGGUGAUCGUACCAACACGGAUUCUAACGCAGACAAUUCUUCGCUGGCCGAAGAAAAAGUUGAAUUGCUUUGCAACGAUCAACUUUUGGAUCCAUCGAUGGAUUUGCGAACGGUGAGACAUUUUAUUUGGAAAAAUUCAGCAGAUCUGACACUUCACUACCGGCCCGUUAAAUAGUUGGGAUUUCGACUAACCAAUCACGGCUCUCUGAAGUGGGCCUGGUUCUGUGGCGUCGCCAAGUAGAUCGAUCCGACCUUGUUUACGUGCGAUCGUAGUAUUGAAUAAAAAAAAAACCGUGAAACUGCAGAGAAACAAGAGGAUUGACGAAGAGUCCGGUGCGCCGAAAAGUUGCCAAAAACAAAACAAUUUUUAACUAAAAAAAAUGAUAAAUAACAAAGGUGAAAGAAAUGAAGACGAGAUGGUCACAAGAAGAAUGCGAUUUCAAACCAACGUUAGCGAGUCGACAAAAUGAAUUUUUUUUCUAUCUCAUCGUACAAUUCUGAGCACUCGUGAAAAAUGUCGAUAGUAUCGUCUCAUUGACUAAACCUUAAGGCUGUCUCGUGUUCACGAUCACUGUGGUUUAUGUAUGGCUAACUUUUAUGAAAUUGGUCUUGGAUAUCUUCAAAAGAAAGCAAAGAAAACGAUUCCAAUGAUAUUGUACUUCUUUCAUACGAGGAAAAACACGAGUUGUUCGCGAGAAUACAUAUAUUUUUUAUCUUUGUUUUUCUUAUUUCGUUUACAAUGCCACGUAAUUAAUGAAACACGAAGAAACCAAAAAGUGAGAGAAUACUUGACGAUGAAAUGAGUUAGAUCCAUUGCUUUUUUCAAAUCGCCCGAAUCUUAGCUUAUUCUUUGUCUUCCAUUUACACGAAGGACAGCUCGCUAGAAAUAGGGAUUGCCACGAGAGAGACAGGGGGAGAGCGAGAGAGGGAUGGAAUCAUACUGAUAAUUGAUGAAAUUAAGAUUCUUCUCUCUUAUUUCACUUAUGGCAUUGUAAAUAGAUAUUAAAGAUUCUUGGCCUAAGAAAAUUCGGGGAAAAAAUUUGCCAAAAAAUUGUUCAAGGAAUAUUGAUCGAGUCGCGAUUCGAAAAAUUCCUAGCACUAAUCGCUUUGCCAAUUGGAUCAUGGUACCCUCUAUUUUCAUUAUCAACAAGCUAUUUCUCUAUUUCUCCCUGCCUCUCUCUUUCUCUCUCUAGUCCGCAGUUUAACAUGGCAUAAUUCUCAAACACGAACGUCUCGGUGUAUAAAAAUUUUGGAUUAAAACAGUUGGAAUAAAUAAUUAAGAGAAAAAAAACCGGCGAGCUUAAGAGAAAAGCUACCAAAAUUAAGCGUAUUUAUUACUAGUUAAGUUUGAUUUUUUUACGUUACAAAAACAAAUUAAAACGGAAACCGAAAAUGUAUCACAAGUGUAUCAUCUAUGCAAACUUAGGUCGGUAACGAAAUUGGAAGCACGCAAAUAUUUCGAUUCAAAGUUUAUGGGACCUAGGAAAAGAUAGAAAUGAAAAAAUUGUAAGACGAAAAAGAGAAGAGCUGAUAAAGAAGACGAGAAUUCUGAAUCUAUCGAGAGCUAGAAAAGAUGAGUGAUUUAUUUUCGUCGCAUAAACGCAAUUGAUGAGGUGGAAAAACAUUUAUGAAAUUGCAAUCCACUGAAAUCAUGUAUCUUUUAAUUGAACAUGUUUUACUCUUUCGCUUUAGGAGUGGUAUAAAUUAAAAAAAAAAGAAAAGUACGACAAAAUUAUUAGAGUGAAGGUGUCAAAUUUUAUAUGCGUUCUAGAGCACGACGUUUUCUUUCACGUUGAUAAGGAACUCGCAUUCGCAGUUUUUGCUUUAAUUACUUUGUAUUCUCCAUCUCAUCUAUAGUUUAGCAAUAAAUGAGCAGAUAAAAAUCUCGUAAAGAAAUGACGCGAUGAAUGAUAAAAAGACCAAUCUAGUCAAAGAUCUCGCGAUAACCGAUUCAAGAGUUGCAUGAAUCAAAUUUGUUCCCAUUGAUUCACAAAGAAAAGAUGAAUCAACUGAAAUAAGAAAAAAUUGUGUACCGCUGUCGGACGAACAAAAAAAUACUUUAGAUUGUAAUGGAACAACAAAAUAUCAUCUCCACGGUAAAAAUUUCUUGCCGAAUUAGAUUUCUUUUUUCAAAUGAUGAUGAUUAAUUUUUUUUUAAUUUCUUUUUCGAUUCGAGAACUCAUUAGUCUACCAAAAAAAGUUUUUCAGACGUUUUUUAAUCGUUUUUCAUUUUGAAAUUUAGUUUUGAAUGCUAAAUAACCACUUAUGAGGAUGGCUCUGUAAUGUUAUGACGAUACGACCUAGGGAUGUGUAACGAAACAUUUGAUUAACUAGAAUUUGAAUAAAACGUAUAUUUAAUACGUA